AAGGUUUCAGUUCUGCACGUUAUAUAAAUGUGUGGAGAUUCACCUCAAGCACAACAGCCUGCUGAGCACAGCACAGUCCCUAAAGAUGUCCGUUUCUCCAGCCUGCGCUUUUCUUCUCCUGUUUUGCUUUGGCGCCGUACUCAGCCCUGCCCAAAGCUAUCUCCUCCAGCCCUGUGAGCCAAUCAACGAGACCGUGUCCGUGGAGAAAGAAGGCUGCCCAAAAUGCCUGGUGUUUCAGACCACCAUCUGCAGCGGACACUGCCUCACCAAGGAGCCUGUGUACAAGAGCCCGUUCUCCACCAUCUAUCAGCACGUGUGCACCUACAGGGAUGUCCGCUAUGAAACCGUUCGCCUACCCGACUGUCCUCCUGGCGUGGACCCCCACGUCACGUACCCCGUGGCCCUCAGCUGUGACUGCAGUCUGUGCACCAUGGACACCUCUGACUGCACCAUCGAGAGCCUGACGCCAGACUUUUGCAUGAUGCAGCGAGAGUUCAUAGCUGAGUACUGAACAUCAUCCAGCACACGUCCCAACUGGGAGGAUCUGCACAAGCCCAUUUUACUCCAUGCACUAAAUGCACUGUGUUAAUAAAUUACAAUAUUAACUAUAAUAAACAAACAUCUUUUAAAAACA